GCGCGCCCUCUACUCCACGUGCACUCACAGCUGAGCCUUUUUCUUUACGUCAAGGCGGACAGGAUUCAGGAAUGAGAAGCAAAUGUGAUGGCACUCUGAUUGACAUGGAUUUCACCCGGAGAGYAGAGCUGAUCUCAUGGCAGACAUCAUCUGAUCCACUGUGAGGACUAAAACGACCAGAAGAGGACUGGAGAUGACACAACAGCAGCGGACAUCGCUGCUCGCCCUGUCGGUGCUCCUGCUCUGCACAAGCUGCUCCUCUUCCUCCUCCUCCUCCUCCUCCUCAUCAACAUCAGCCUCAUCAGAGGUGAGGAACAGCAGUGAUGAGAGGCAGGUACCAGGCCACAACCAGGGCAGUGAUUCUGCUCUCGUGUCGGAGGGCUUUGGACCGGGUCCAGUUGAAGCGGUGUCACCGGUCUGCGCCUACAGAGUGAUCGAGGGGGGCAUUUCCGGUCAGCUUUGUUUCAGACGCACAGCCUUGGGGUACAAGUGUCGGAAGGAGGACUGCAGGACCCGGGUGUCUUUGGGGACUCUCGUGGCAAACGUCCUCAUCAAUGGCAGCGUACUGUUACAGUGGACUCAUGAGGGAGACCGGGACGCGGGUCCUGGCCCCGGUCCAACKCUAUCCAGUCCUCUUUUCGGGGCACGACGCCACAGACGCGGAGGCUACGAGCUGAGCUGCUGGUGGAACGGAAGCUACACCCAGUUCGAGUGCGCCAGCGUGCGCCUGGGCUCGGGCUGCAGGGACUUCCUGCUGUCCGAGCUGCACGAGAGCAUCCCGUACCGGUUCUGUCUGCGUCCCCUGACCCGCUCCGAGCCGGACCUGAGGGGCGCCGAGCUACCGCCGUGGGACUGCGUGGAGUUCACGCUGCCGACGUCCGGGAUGCAGGACAUCGUGAUCGCCAUGACAACGGUGGGCGGAGCCAUCUGCGUGAUGCUGGUGAUCAUCUGCCUGCUGGUGGCCUACAUCACGGAGAACAUCAUGAGUCCCGCCACGCAACACGCAUACUCCUACCGCGCGCAUUCACGCCACUGAUGUACUAAUACACGACUCAUCUCACCUGUUGUGUACUAAUACACGACUCAUCUCCCCUGUUGUGUACUAAUACAUGACUCAUCUCACCUGUUGUGUACUAAUACACGACUCAUCUCCCCUGUUGUGUACUAAUACUCGACACGUCUCUCACCUGUCAUGUAGUAAUACAACACGUCUCCCCUGUCAUGUACUAAUACACAACACAUCUCACCUGUCAUGUACUAAUACACAACACAUCUCACCUGUCAUGUACUAAUACAUGACAUUGCACUUGUUGUGUACUAAUACACAACAUGUCUCACCUGUUGUGAACUAUACUUGACACGUCUCUGUUAUGUACUGAUACAUGACAUGUCUCACCUGCUGUAUACAAACACGUCUCACCCUUUGUGUACUACAGUAAUACAUGACACGUCUUACGUUCCAUGUACUAAUACACUACAUGUCUCAGCUGAAUAAUUUGAAGCGUUUAAUGGUAGAUUUAACAUUUCUUUUGACAACUUUAAUGAUUUUAAAACAAGAACUGGAUGUACAAGACUGAAUUUAUUUUGGGUUUUCUCUCCUUGGCAGAACUUGUAGAGUUCGUUUAAAUUCAUUGGUUUCAAGGCAAAAACAUAUCCACAAAUUUUAAAAUCUGGUUGAAGUUAGUGAUGUUCYACAGCACAGAUUUCCUUUCAGAUUCUGAGAGAAGCUCAGGCUGGUAUUGGCAAUACUGAGACAAUACUGAUAUUUUGUGCACUCCUGGAAAAUCUAGAAAAGUGUAUUUUAAAUAACCGCAAUGAAACAAUGAAGUAAAAUAAUAAAACCAUGAAAACAAAUCAUUGUAUAAUUAUCAAGAACUACGAUAAAAAUGAAAACUUGAGUGUGAAUUUAGGUUACAUGAACAUACAGUAUCAUGAAAAUACUGAACAUAUAACAUCUACAAGUGACUGACGUGCCAUUGCACUGCAGGCGGAAGAAAAAAUAGUUCCCACCAACAGCAUAUUUCAACAGUUUAGUUACUUUCCAUUGUGUUUCUGUUAAUGAUAUACAUAUCUGAAAUAACUGAAAUAUCAAAAUAUUGAAGUUUUGAUUUAGAAUUUUUUAGAGCAUAAAUUUCUAGUGUCGCGAUUUCAGUAUUGAGGCACAUAAAUAUGAAGAUGUUUGUUUUAUCCAGAAUCCACAGAUAUAUGUUUUUGUUGCCUGUUGGAAUUUGUCUCAGUUUUUGGUGUUGAUUUGAUAGGAAGUUCACUCACCAGGAGCACAGCAUGAUGCUACCACCACCAUGCUUGACACAGUGUUUUUAUGUUUGAAAACCUCACCAUGACUCCUUUCAUAUAUACUUCUGAUUAAUAGACUUUUUCUUUGUCUUGUCAGACCAUAAAACUUUACUCCUGAAGGCAUUUGGGUUGACCAUGUGGGCUUGAAGGAAAACUCUCUUCUCUGAAGAUAAUCUGGUGUUCCAACAGCUUUUAGUUUGUGUCAGGUUUGAUCUGAGCAUCAUCAUAACAUCAUAACAAAUAUCAGGGUCAAACAUGAGUAUUAUGCUGUCAAACAAACCUUUUUCAUGCAGACAUAAAGUGAAAGUACCAGCUGCAGUCAAUCAUGAUUUCUAAUGAGAAGUAAUUAGCCUUAUGUUGUGCUUUCUGCAUCCCUUUCUAAAAGAUUUAGGUGUAUUUCAGCUUGUAUGUUCAUUUUUGACCCUUUUGUGGAUUGGAAAAAAAUUCAUGAAAUGUUCAAACUUAUGCGUCGGGUCGUCGAGUCGAUCGACUCUGUACCAGAAAAAAGAACAAUUCAAAUCAUUAAAAUGUAAUUAACCGUCCAUGAGGAGUGGAUGUGAACCUUUGAUCUCACUGUGUGAUUUUCACUAUGAAACUGUUUUUUUAUGACUAAACUGAAGCACAAUUUUGCUGUGGCUCUGCAAACAGCAUGGCUUGCUAACCUCUGGCAGGGUGCACUGAACCAAAAGUAUUUAAAAAAAACUGUUAGUAGUUUACAGUUUUACAUUACUGUCUCUUUAAACAGCAAUACAAACAGCCUCAUCAGAACAAAAGUGUUUCUCUGAACGUUUUGUUGGAAUUAAACAAGAAUUAAACCACAUAAUAUCAACUCA